AUGACAGCCGAGAAAAAAGCGAGAAAUGGAGCGGUCAAGAAGAGCAAGGCCAGCAAGAGCAGUGAGCUAUCUUCACUAGCGGCCAAGAUCAAGGCAAAAGCCCUUGAGAAUCAGAAAAAGCUGCAGAAUCGUGAGGAUUCAGAUUCGGAGAGUGCCGAGGAAGAUAAAAAGGCUGUCCGGGAUGUACAGACGGAUUCUAAGGGCACGCAGGAAGAGACAAGGGAUGAAGAUGAGGUUCUCGAGUCGUUUGCUGACCUCAAUGUUGUUCCUGAACUUCUCCAGGCUUGUAAAAACCUGAACUUUACGAAACCGACGCCGAUCCAGGCUAAGGCAAUCCCUCCAGCGUUGGAGGGUAAGGAUAUUAUUGGUUUGGCACAGACGGGUUCAGGUAAGACGGCCGCGUUUGCGAUUCCUAUUCUUAAUAAAUUGUGGCACGACCAGUCGCCGUACUAUGCCUGUAUCUUAUCUCCCACCAGAGAACUGGCGCAGCAGAUUAAGGAAACGUUUGAUUCGCUGGGGGCUAUUAUGGGAGCACGUACUACAUGCAUCGUCGGUGGUAUGAACAUGAUGGAUCAGGCGAGAGACCUAAUGCGCAAGCCGCAUAUCAUCAUUGCAACGCCGGGUAGAUUGAUGGACCAUUUGGAGAAUACGAAGGGGUUUUCAUUGCGGAAGCUCAAGUUCCUGGUGAUGGACGAGGCGGACAGGCUACUCGAUAUGGAGUUUGGGCCUGUCCUAGACAGAAUAUUAAAAAUUCUUCCCACACAGGGCAGAACUACGUAUCUUUUCUCUGCGACAAUGACGUCGAAGAUUGAAAAGUUACAGAGAGCUAGUUUAACUGAUCCAGUGAAAUGCGCUGUCUCCAAUAAAUACCAAACUGUCGAUACCUUGGUGCAAACUUUGAUGGUUGUACCGGGCGGCUUGAAGAACACCUACCUGAUAUAUCUGUUGAACGAAUUUGUGGGAAAGACCAUCAUUGUGUUCACCAGGACCAAAGCUAAUGCAGAAAGAAUAUCAACCCUAUGCAAUCUGCUGGAAUUCAGCGCCACAGCCUUACACGGUGAUUUGAACCAGAAUCAGAGAACCGGUGCUUUAGAUCUAUUCAAAGCAGGUAGAAGAUCUAUUCUUGUGGCUACGGAUGUGGCCGCCAGAGGUCUGGAUAUUCCUUCUGUCGAUAUCGUUAUCAAUUAUGAUAUUCCAGUCGAUUCCAAGUCUUAUAUCCACCGUGUCGGCAGAACUGCCAGAGCCGGGCGGUCAGGUAAGUCAAUUUCCCUUGUAUCCCAGUAUGAUCUCGAACUGAUAUUACGUAUAGAAGAGGUGUUGGGCAAGAAACUACCGAAGGAGAGUGUGGACAAGGAUAUGAUUAUGUCAUUGAGGAAUUCAGUGGAUAAGGCCAAUGGAGAAGUGAUUAUGGAACUUAACAGAAGGAGCAAGGAAAAAGCUGCAAGAGGUGGUGGAAGACGCGCGAGAAUGGCAGCCAAAAUGGAUAUGGACAAAGAGGAACGCUGA